AUGCUGAUUUUUGCUCAGGUAGCCAGUUCUGAGUAUGAUGCGAAAAAAGAGGCAGAGGAAUUUGUAAGGGAAAAGAAAGACAAAAAAUGCCUGAGAGUUAGACAUAUUGAUGAUGUCAUUGGUAAAGGUGUUUUUGCACUUAGAGAUUUCUCCAAAGGGGAGUUUUUGCUUGAGUAUGCUGGGGAGCUUUUAAGGUUUGCAGAAGGCAGAAAGAGAAUGAAGGACUACCCCUUGAAUUUAGGAAGUUUCAUUUACUUGUUUAGUUUCAAGGACAAACAAUUUUGGGUGGAUGGAACUUACUCAAAACAAAAAGGGAAAUAUGUGAAUGAUGCAGCCCCUAAAUCAAAAGAAAAUAAUUCUGUAAUGAAAAUACUUGAAGUAGACGGAGUUCCACAUCUUGUGCUAUAUGCAUCAAGAAAAAUUUGUAAGGGGGAAGAAAUACGUUAUGACUACGGAGAAAAGAACCUUCCUUGGAGGAAAAAAGAAACAAAAAGAGAUGAAAUUCCAAAAGAAACAAAGGAACCUAAGAAAGGAAAUGAAAAAGAAGAAUUGGCACAGAUGAUGUCCUGUAAAGUAGUGUUGCAAAAAUUAAAAAUAAAUUCACCUUACACAACUCCAACAAAUGUCGAUGACAACCAGAAUGUUGAAGAUUUGGCUGAAGGGGAGGCCAUAACCUCAGGGGACUUGGGACUCCCACAAUUGCAUAGCCAGAAUGAUGAAGAUUUGGCUGAAGGGGAGGCCAUGACUUCAGGGGACUUGGGACUCCCACAAUUGCAUAGCCAGAAUGAUGAAGAUUUGGCUGAAGGGGAGGCCAUAACCUCAGGGGACUUGGGACUCCCACAAUUGCAUUGCCAAAAUGUUGAAGACUUGGCUGAAGGGGAGGCCAUAACCUCAGGGGACUUGGGACUCCCACAAUUGCAUAGCCAGAAUGAUGAAGAUUUGGCUGAAGGGGAGGCCAUAACCUCAGGGGACUUGGGACUCCCACAAUUGCAUAGCCAGAAUAUUGAAGACUUGGCUGAAGGGGAGGCCAUAACCUCAGGGGACUUGGGACUCCCACAAUUGCAUAGCCAGAAUGAUGAAGAUUUGGCUGAAGGGGAGGCCAUAACCUCAGGGGACUUGGGACUCCCACAAUUGCAUUGCCAAAAUGUUGAAGACUUGGCUGAAGGGGAGGCCAUAACCUCAGGGGACUUGGGACUCCCACAAUUGCAUAGCCAGAAUGAUGAAGAUUUGGCUGAAGGGGAGGCCAUAACCUCAGGGGACUUGGGACUCCCACAAUUGCAUAGCCAGAAUGUUGAAGACUUGGCUGAAGGGGAGGCCAUAACCUCAGGGGACUUGGGACUCCCACAAUUGCAUAGCCAGAAUGUUGAAGAUUUGGCUGAAGGGGAGGCCAUAACCUCAGGGGACUUGGGACUCCCACAACCAGGCAACCAGAAUGUAGAACAUUUGGUUGAAGAUGAGGACAUUGCCUUGGAGGAGGUGGAACUCCUACAAUUGGAUGCUGAUGAGACAAUAGAAAAAAAUAUUCAGCUAUCAGUGGCAGAUUUGUCUUAUCAAGAAAGAGCAUCUUUGCAAGUUGAGAGAAUAUGGGCCCAGUCAGAGAUAACAGAUUUCAUAAUUGGGUCAGUUCAUGGAAUUAAUAUCACUGACCGAGAUAUUAAAUCACUUCAAGGAAAUCAGUGGCUGACAGAUCAGGUCAUCGAUGGAUAUUUGAAGAUUCUUUGUCAGACAGAACUUGAUAAAGGACAGUUGAUUCUGCAUGUUCCAGUUCAGACUAUGACAGCUAUUAGCACAGGGAAAUAUUUUAAUGACCAGUCUUCAAAAAAUUUUUCAAAAGUGAAGCCCCGGUAUCAUACUGGCGCUUUACCUAUACUGUACACAGAACCAAUUCCCCGCUAUACAUCGUAA